AUGGUGUCCCAAGGUGUUUCCUUCACCCUAGUUUUUCUCUUGGCAACCGUAAUCGCACUUGGUGAAGCUAAUAACAACCGUAAGCUCCUGUAUACUCCAGCUAACUACCAACCAGAUUCUCCUCUUCCAUCUCCGGUCUAUUCUCCUCCUCCUCCAAGUCCGGUCUAUUCUCCUCCAUCUCCGGUCUAUUCUCCUCCGGCAGAUCUUCCUCCUCCUCCUACUCCAAACUCCUCUCCUCCGGCAGAUCUUCCUCCUCCUCCUCGUCCGGCUAAGCUUCCUCUUCCUCCUACUCCUAUCUAUCCUCCGGUUGCUCUUCCUCCUCCUCAAGCUUACAAAGCCUUCUAUUAUAGGAAAUCUCCACCACCACCACCUUCAAGCAAACCAUGGUGGUGGUUGCUAUGA